AUGGGCGCGAGUGCUCGAGCUGACAAGUAUCAAGGAUCUCGUAUUGUCUUACAGCGAACUGCCAUGCAAAGGUUUCUACAUCCCGGAUUUCGGUCUUCGGCCUCGAGGGGCAAAGAAAAGUUGCCUACUUGGAGCGGGGACCUCGAAGCCCUGAUCAACCUACCCGCUGUUGAAUUUGGGCCACCAUUCGACGACAACAAUGCAGACCUUGUUCUUCGCUCAUCUGAUAGUGUAGACUUUCCCGUCCAUCAGGCUUUUCUAAUCAAAUCCUCGUCCUUCUUCAAGACCAUAUUAUCUCUUCCCCAACCAUUCGUCUCAGCCCCCAAUGGCACGGCCAGGCCUAGCACCCAUCAUAGAGGGUCGUUGCCUGUUAUCCCGGUCGUGGAGAAAGGCUCUGUCAUCCACGUUCUUCUUUCGUAUCUUCUCCCAAUAACUCCCGUCCUACCGGACUCCUUGGACGACGCUAUGGACUUCGUCAAUGCAGCGUACAAAUACGAGAUGGAAGUUGUCGUAGUGAGAGCGAGGAAUAUCUUGCGACGCUUCUUGACAGUCGAUACAAGUCUUCGCAUCUAUGCCUUUGCCCAUCGUCUAGAGCUCCGAGACGAAAUGCUUGCUGCUGCACGACAGAGUUUACGGCUUCCACUCCCGUCCGAUCAUCCCGAGCAUGACGAUACCCGAUUUCCCUGCGGCAGCGCUCUACUCGACCUGUGGAACUAUCGCAAGACCUAUAUAAAAUCCCUAGAGGAGAGACUUGAUUCGUGUAUCGUUGCCGACCCUACCCUACUUCCUCCCGGAGAACUUGGAGAAUGGAUUGAUGCUAAACGUUGUCAGUCGGACCAGCAAUGCGACAACAAUGCGACAACUUGGCGAACACUAUUGAAGACCGGGGCAACGCAGAUAGUGGCGGACGUGACUCAUGACCCGGGGUGUAUGCUUACCUGGAGGUUGCCUUUCGAGUCCACGCUAGCUCCUUCGUCAUGUCAGUGUUCUUGCGACGCAUGCAGCAUGCUCCGCAGCUCAUCUCAGAAGGUCGAACGAAGUCUGAUCGAAGUUCUCGAUAGGAUUGUUAUGGAUAAAAUUAUCCUGCAGAUUGACACGGCGACGCUAUUUAGUGUCGCUUGA